CCCGGAUGUGCGCCGUGCGCCAUAGCUAAACGCACGGGACGCUGUCCGGCUAGGAGGGUGAUCCGAAGCGGUGUGAGGAUAAGCUGGAAACAAUGCUCAAGUUCCUACCCAAAUUAUUACUCUUGGCGCUCUUAGCGCUCCCGGCAGCAGUCGUCAUCCAAGGUCCUUUGGUUGCAGCUCAGGAUGCGACAGAAGAUGAGGAAACCAGUGAGGACGUCAUUUCGGAGGACGAAGACGAUGAAGCAGAAGUGGAGGAUGAUGACAACACAGAGCUGACUGAAGAGAAGGAGGAAGAUGAAGAUCUUCCUUCAGGAGAGGCGAAGGCUUCUCCAAAUGCUGAUACCAUCAUCCUCUUUGUCAAAGGAGACGACUUCCCUGCCAACAAUAUCGUGAAGUUCCUGGUAGGCUUUACCAACAAGGGCAGCGAGGACUUUGUGGUCGAGUCCCUGGACGCCUCCUUCCGCUACCCACAAGACUAUCAGUUCUACAUCCAGAACUUCACGGCCUUGCAGCUGGGCACACUGGUGCCUCCCCUGCGACAGGCCACCUUUGAGUACUCCUUCAUUCCCGCUGAGCCCAUGGGGGGGCGGCCGUUUGGCCUGGUCAUCAACCUCAACUACAAGGACAGCAGUGGUAACGUGUUCCAGGAUGCAGUGUUCAACCAGACUGUGACUAUCACCGAGAGAGAGGAUGGCUUGGAUGGAGAGACGAUCUUUAUGUAUGUUUUCCUGUCCGGCCUGGGCCUGCUGGUGGUGGUGGGGCUGCAUCAGCUGCUGGAGUCCAGGAAGAGACGGAGACCUGCUCCCAAAGUGGAAAUGGGGACGUCGAGCCACAACAACGUGGACAUGAGCUGGAUUCCUCCAGAGACCCUCAGCCAGAUCAUGCAGAGCAGAAGAGACAAAGCCUCUCCGAGGCGGUCACCUCGGAAGAGAACCCAGAAGAGGUCUGCAGGCUCCGACGAGUGACUGCACUGCGUGCCGCCUCAGACAGGCACCUGUCUCCCCAUCCAAUCACACUGCAGUGGGCAGAGGGGGAGGGGCCACCCAGCCAUGUCCUUCAAAUGAUACCUUGCCCCUCAUUGGCUUUUUUUUUUUUUUCGUUUUUAAUGGACUGUAUGAUCUCUGAAGAAUGUGCUUGUUUUACGCCUUGAAAAUGAAAACUUUAAUAGUUCAUUAUGCAAGUAAUGUUGAUGGGGUUGGGAGUUGGUCUAACGUGCUGUCCAACAGAGCAAGGGGGAUAAACAGUAAUUCAUGUGCCUGCUUGCUUCUGUCUAUGAUGGUCUUUUUAUUUUGACUCUAAAAGAAGUAAGUGUCAGUUCGGGGAGCACAGCGUGUCAGAUUUUUGAGGCAAACUACUGUUGAUAUUUAGGGCCGGUUAAGAAAGGGAGCCAGGUCUCUGAAGUUCUUCCCACAAUGCAGGAGAUCUCAUGAAUGAAAUACGAAAUACUCUGCAUGCACUGAUACAGGUUUCUCCCCCCACCCCCCCCCACCACCGUCGGUCUGCUUUGAGUGCCAUUUCUGAUGGGGUGGUACUGACAGUCAGGGGUGCCUAAUUGGGUUUUUUUUUUCUUCAGUCAAUGUGCCUGUGUAUUUUUCUAAUUAGCUCCUCUGUCAGCAUUUACUUUAAUCGGUAGAUUUCCGCAGAAGGCAGCUAUGAUAUGUGUAAAUUCAGGGUUUUAGGCUUGUUUCCCCCCCCACAUUUCAGAAAGUGACGUGACGACCGUUUAAUCUGACAGCUGCUGGCUGCUUGGGUCUGUAUUUUUAAUGAACUGUUAUUGCGUGUCUUCAGUUUUUGAAAGCUGAAUGAUUGAGGUGUUCAGUUACCCCGCAGCCUGAAGUCAUGUGGCCAGCUGGUUUUGGAAAAGCUGGCCCAGCCUUUCGUCCUAAAAGGUUGGAUCGUAGGACUCCUGCUGAUUCACGAUUAAGCUGGUGCAUCGCUCUCAAAAAUGCAGCUCCACUAGUUUCUUUACAAGCCUGUAGCCUCCCCUUGUAAACAGUCAAGCCGCCUUUGCUGUGAGCGUGCAGAUUAGUUAAAAUUGUUUCCAGUUGCAAACCAGUUGAAUGAUGUUUUUGCCACAAUGUCUGACAUUGAGGAUUCUUUCAUGACUGAUUUUAUGUGUCCACUUUCUCGUAAAAGACCACUUAACUGAAGAUGUCUAGAAAUGACAAACUUUUUGGUGAAAUAAAAUGGUUUUGCAGUAUA